AAUCAAGAAAACGAAAUGGCCACCUUUUAAUUCAACCUAUUAUCAUUUCGCGAAUUAAAAUUGUAAUAUGACAGGAACAGAGAAAAAGGAAUUGUAAUUUUCUAUAAGAUCUUGCCUUCAGCUAUAAAAAAGACCAAACCCUUCCUGAGCUAGUUCAUUGCAAGAAACCGAGAGAGCAGAGCUCAAACUAGUGCGUUCAAAGCAUCUGUUCCCCCACCGUCAGUUUCCUGCUCAAUUUGUCCGUCUCUUUAACUCUCUUGCGUCUGAAAAAUAUGGCAUUUCAGAACAACCUACUGGUCUGCACGCCAUUAGAAUGCGAAACGGCCGGGGAAAUGUUAAGCUGCAUGGAGAAAGCAAGGGGCGAAGGUGCUGACCUUGUGGAGCUUCGCGUUGAUUCCAUGUCGUUCUCUCACAUUUCUCAAGUUGAGAAACUGAUUAAGCUCAGAACUUUACCUGCUAUUGUUUCUUUCAGGUCCAAAACAUCAAAGAUCUCAAGCAAUGGGGACAGCAAGAAAACUUGUUUGCAAGUACUGAGCUUGGCCCUGGACUUAGAUGUUGAAUUUGUCGAAAUGGAAUACGAGGUAGUCACUCGAUCACGUAUACCUUGCCUGCCUUCAUUUAAGAUUGUUCUGUCUCAAAGUGCCAUGGCUGAAUAUAUAUACAACCGAUCCAGUGGUAAAUUGAUUGUUUCAAGCUAUGUGAAUGGAGGGAAACCUUCCGCGGAGAAACUUGGUAAUCUAAUUGCUAAUCUGCAAUCUACUGGGGCAGAUGUGAUCAAGCUAGUUAUCAAUGUGGAUUACAUCACGGAUUUGGCACCUGUUUUUAAGAUGCUUGCUCACUGCCAGGUACCCUUGAUUGCUCUUGCAGUAGGCAGUAGAGGCCUUAUAAGCCAACUGUUGGGCCCUAAGUUCGGUGGGUUUUUGGUAUAUGGAUCCCUACGGGAUAAGGCAGUCCCUGGCAUGCCAACUCUAUUCAGUCUGAGGCAUGUUUAUAAGCUUGAAUAUAUAAAUUCAGACACCAAAGUGUUUGGUCUAAUUUCAAAUCCAGUUGGCCAUAGUAAAGGUCCUAUUCUUCACAAUCCUGCCUUUAGACACACAGGAUACAAUGGCAUUUAUGUUCCUAUGCAAGUGGAUGAUAUCAAAGAAUUUUUUAGAACUUAUACAAGCACUGACUUUGCUGGUUUUAGUGUUGGAAUUCCACACAAGGAAGCAGCAGUCAGCUGCUGUGAUGAAGUCCAUCCACUGGCUAAGUCCAUAGGAGCUGUAAAUACUAUAGUAAGGAGACCUACUGAUGGGAAGCUAGUUGGUUAUAAUACAGAUUGUGAGGCUUCUAUUACUGCAAUAGAGGAUGCACUAAGAGCAAGAACGGAGAUAAACUUAUGCAUUGAUUUCUGUGGAAAAUCAGAAAGACGGCCUACUAACAGGGGAGCAUUAGAUACUUCACCUCUAGCUGGGAAAACUUUUGUGUUGAUUGGAGCUGGAGGAGCAGGAAGAGCACUUGCUUUUGGUGCCAGUAGCAGAGGGGCUCGAGUUGUUGUUUUCAACCGUAAUUUUGAGAGAGCAAAGUCUCUUGCAAAUGCAGUUUCAGGAGAAGCACUACCAUAUAAAGCACUGGACAGAUUCCAGCGGGAGAAUGACAUGAUUCUUGCAAAUGCUUCUGCUGUCGGAAUGGAACCUAAUACGCACCAGAGUCCUGUUUCAAAGGAGGCCUUGAAAUCAUAUGAGUUGGUAUUUGAUGCGGUUUACACACCUAGAAAUACAAGGCUCUUGCAAGAGGCUAAGGAGGUUGGUGCAGUGGUGGUGAGUGGGGUUGAGAUGUUCAUCAGGCAGGCCCUUGGUCAAUUCAGGCUGUUUACUGGCGGCUUAGCUCCAGAGGCAUUCAUGCGCAAGCUCGUCUUGGAACAAUUCUAAUUGCAGGCCCUCAACAUGCUUCGUACAUAUUUCUGAUAUAGAGUUCUUCAUGAUUUUCCUCUAAGCUAGUGAGGUAAUGAAAUUGUGCAGCGUUCUGCUUGUUGCUGUGGCCAGAAGGGUCGAAUUCGCUAUAUCAGAAUCUGUAAUAUAUCAAGUAAAACUUAUGGAGAAUGAAGCCAGCCAUUCGCCUAAAAUGCCUAUUGUGGUCACUCUUGAUGAUAAACAAUUAUGUCUAGUUUGGUUACCUACAAGCCUAUCUCUUAAGGUUGUAGCAUUGCACCUUCUUUUCCUUUUUCUUUAAUAUUUUCAGAAUAAGUUUAUCAACAAAUUACGAUGGAAUGCUGUUGAGUUGGAA